GCAAACCCUCUCCGAUUUAAAAACAAACAAAAAACUCGACAAUCGUCAACUUUAUAGGUCCAUCGUCACUCAUCACUGUCUACUCUGCUCUGAAUUCAGUCAAUGAAAAUUCCUUCAAGAUUCACUCAUAAACGGACUAACUAUUUCAUAUUACUAUUCUUUUUCUUCAUCUUAAUCUUCAAAUGGGGUUUCUCAAACAAUGAAAAUUCCUUUAAAUCAGUUCAAAACCAUGAAAAAAUGGAUGACCAAGAUGUAAUUUUGCCACCAAAAGAUUGUGAUUUAUACACAGGAGAAUGGGUUUUUGAUAACAUUACUCACCCAUUAUACAAAGAAGAACACUGUGAGUUUCUUUCAAGGCAAGUCACUUGUUUAAGAAAUGGAAGAACAGAUUCUGUUUAUCAGAAUUGGAGAUGGAAACCUAAGAAUUGUUCAUUACCCAAGUUUAGUGGAAGAUUGUUGCUUGAGAAAUUUAGAGGGAAGAGGGUUAUGUUUGUUGGAGAUUCUUUGAAUAGGAAUCAGUGGGAAUCUAUGGUUUGUUUGGUUCAAUCUGCGGUUUCUUCGGGGAAAAAGAGCUUGAUUGAGUCUGAAACUUCUUCAAUUUUCAGAAUUGAGGACUAUAACACUACUAUAGAGUUUUACUGGGCACCAUUUAUAGUUGAAUCAAAUUCAGAUGACCCAUUGAAGCAUAGCAUUUUGGACCGCAUAAUUAUGCCUGAAUCGAUCAAGAAACACGGUGACAAUUGGAAAGGUGCAAACUUUCUGAUCUUUAACACGUACAUAUGGUGGAUGAACUCUCUCAACAUGAAAGUCUUGCGACGAGGAACCUUCAGCGAAGCUUCUGGAGAAUUUGAUGAGAUUGAACGAACAUUAGCUUACGAGAGAGUUCUUCGGACAUGGGCUAAGUGGGUUGAAGAAAAUGUAGAUCCUAAGCUUACGUCUGUCUUCUUCAUGAGCAUGUCCCCUCUUCAUUUCAGGAGCUCGGAUUGGAACAAUCCGGAAGGUAUCAAGUGUUCUAAGGAGACAACUCCAAUAAUUGCAACAAAUAAUACCCGACUGAAUGUAGGCACAGAUGGCCGCUUACUACUUAUCACGGAAAAUGUGAUUAAAUCCGUUAAAGUACCUGUUAAUUUGCUCAAAAUUACUUCACUCUCGGAGUACCGAAAAGAUGCACAUACAUCGAUAUACACGACUCGACAAAACAAGCUGCUUACGGUGGAGCAACAAGGUAACCCUGCAAUUUAUGCAGAUUGCUUGCAUUGGUGCUUACCAGGGGUACCUGAUACUUGGAAUGAACUUCUCUAUACACACAUUAUAUCUCAAUCUUGAUCAUUUUUGGGGAAUUUUGAUUCUUAAAAACUGUUUAUUUUGUGUAACUGGUAGGUUUCUGUUUUUUAUUUUAAUACCAAGAUAAAGAAAAGUAAAGCUUGUUUACCAUUGAGAUUGUGCAGUUUGGCUAAGGGGUGUGCAUCAGACCAAACCAAAUUUGCUUAUUUAAAUUUUUAAAUUUUUUUGGUUCACUUUGUUUUUCGGUUUUGAAAACUGAAAACAAACUACAUGUAUAAAAUAUAAAACCGAACUAGAUUUUACCAUUUAA